UGCUCCCUGUGACUGCUCCUGGGUACCUGCCUGGAAAGAGUGCUGAUCUUCACAAUGAAGACUCUGCUGGGAGCUCUCCUGGUCCUGGCCACCUUUGUGACAACAUGCAGUGCCCACUGCUAUACCAUACCCCUGAUGGGAGGUCUAGGUGAAUUCCCAACUGAAUGCAAAGAUCUUGAUGGAACCUCACACUCAAUGAACUCAAACUGGAUAACUAGCAACUGUGAGUCAUGUUCUUGCAAUGGAGAUGGAGCUCUCUGCUGCAGCAUAGUUGAUAUACCAGUGGAUUUUGACAAAAUUAAGUGCGAUUCCUAUUUCCACAAGGACAACUGCAGCUACACUGUGAUGGAGCGUGAGAACCCAGGAAAACCCUGUGAAGUUCAUGCCUGGAUACUGUAACAUCCUCCACUGGGUCUGGUGUGCCCCUGCCAGGCCCCCUCUUGUGGU